UGUCAAUAUCGCUUAAUAAUUCUUCACACAUUAUGCAGAAUGUCAUGUUUUAUGAGUGGGAUGAUUUGAAACCUGCCACCUUAUAUGUUUUUACACUUGAAUUUAAACAGUUGCAUUUGGAUUUUAUAAAUAUACUUCAGAGAUUGGAUAUUCAAAUUGAAACAGGUUCAUGUUCACAAGGAUGGGUAGCAUUUAAAAAUAGCUGUUAUAGAAUUAGCAAAGAGAGUAAGCCAUGGAAUAUAGCCCAGCAAUACUGUAAGCUGUCCUUAACUUCUGCACACCUGGUGGAUAUAAAAAGCGAGGAGGAAAAAAAAUUUGUAUUUUCACAUCUCAGGUCAAAGAAUCAAAUAAUAAUAUGGACUGGUCUUAACGACUUUAAGAAAGAAGGUCAUCUCACAUGGACGGAUGGAUCAUCUUUUGACCUUAAGGGAAAUGAAAUGCUUUCUUUUCCACUACUACCCAAGAAUGAAACGGAUUGCUACAUUUUACAGCAAAACUCAACUGGAUCAAACUAUUUCUUUACAGGAUUUUUCUGUUAUGUUCCCUUGCCAUAUAUUUGUGAAUAUGAAUGUAAUUAUUUUUUUAGUAUUUGUCUAUUCAUGCAUGUUAUUCUUUUAUUACUUUAAAGAUAGAAUUAUAAUUUCUAAUAAAA